GCUUACUUUCCUCGAAAGUGAUCGAAUUUGUCUCCUUUCUUUACUUUUUGACAUUUGCAAAUCUGCGAAAAUGGCCUGCACUCAAUCGCGUUGCAAGACUUUCCUUAUUAGUAGCAAUGUUGCUCUUCUGUUUGUUGGAUUGUCAGUCUUCAUCCUAGGUUUGAAGAUGAAAGAUCUUCUGUCCGUUCUUUUGCUGAUAGACGUGCCACUGAUAGCCCAGGCAGUAAAAGCUGUCAUCGCAACUGGAUUCUUUAUAUCCGUUGCAGGUAUUACGGGUAUAGGAGGUGCUUGCUACGAAACUUUAUGGAUGAUACUUCUGCAUCUUGUUGCUUUGGGAAUUAUUGUGGUGAUGGAGUUUGGUCUUGGAGUUACACUACUUAUCGUUAGAAAAACGGUCGAAAAUUACAUAGCAAACAAAGAAUGCAAUAAUAGCUGUGCGGCUACAUUAGAUAGUUUGGUACUUGAUUAUGCUUUGCCAUCUGCCGGUCUUAUGCUGACGAUUAUUAUUAUAGAGGCAACGAUGAUGUACAGUGCCAUUAAAUUGUGGUAUCACAUCAAAGAAUCUCCAAAAGUCAUUGAAAGUCCCAUUGGCGAUAUGGCAGUGCAGAACGUUCAAAUGCGAAAUGUUGGCACACCUCUUCCAAGUUACUCAACAUCUCCUCAUCCGGUCUUUUCACCAAGUUUGAUCUAUCUUCCCAACCGAAGGCAUCCCAUCUUUGCUACUAACUCGCCCUUACCACGUUAUCCAAGUCAUCUGGAACCGACAAAACCUCCUCAGUACGAUAGUCUAUCACCCGACCUACAACAACCGCCGACCUACAUGGAAGUCGUACCGGGGGCAUUGACCAAUCGUGCAUCUAGAAUGGAUGAAAUGGACAGACGACCUGCAUCCUGCAAUUCUGUGUAGAAAACAAUCGAUCGGUUGAAUCUUGAGAUUAACUGCAAGAAGAGUUUUCUUCAGCGACUGGAGAAAAUCGAAUGUAAAAGACGAUUUUUGAAUUAAUCGUGCAUUUCAAGCCCGAAUGAACUGAGUGCAGGACACAUAUAUUCUUGCUGAAUCGGAAACUGAAAUAAAAUAAAAAAAAAAGCAAAA